AUGUAUACCUACACUCCCACCAGCAAGUUCCUCAUCCUCUCUCCUGUUCAGUCUCGUCCUGAGCAGACGAGCAAAUUCCUCGUCCUCACUCCCACCGAAUCUGGUCCUGAGUAUGAGCUUGGUGCAUCAUCCCCCGACUCUCCUCGGAUUCGGGACCGUUCAGACAGCCAAUCCAGCAUCAGCACAGACGAGUCGCAGGUUGAAGCUCCAUUUUCUCCUCUCGCUGGCGGCUUUCUCUACCUGGGUCACCGUACCAGCCCUAAGCCAGUGAACGUUUGA